UGAGAUGCCAUUAUAAAUAUAUAAGUUAUAUAUAUCUGGAAUUUGUAUAGUCGUGAUGUGCAUCCGGUUGGAUCCUAUUGUUCGACUAUUGUGCUGCUUAAGGGUCAUGACCGGGAACAAUGCCUAUUUAUGGACGUCUCUAUCAAUAGUAAUUCAAUUAAAUCAACGCAAUUGAGCAAAUUGAUAUUAAGCUGUUCUAUAUUUGCUAACGUUUAUUAAAUUAAUCAAUUUUCAAAGGGGCUACAAUAAAUGGCCUCACGUGCCUUAUCAAUUUCCGACUUUAAUACAUUCAAAAUGAUGAAUUAGUAUCGGGGGAAUGCUCAUUAUAGAAAAUAAAACCAAUGUCACAUUCUAAUAAGAAUCGCGACACAUUCCCAAUUAGAAUCGCAAGCUCUAAACAGUUUUCGAUUUUAUAAAAUACCAAAUUCUAGAAAUUCAAAUUUCCCUCCCAUAUUUGUAUGCUUUGAUAUUUCUCUUUAAUUACUUGACCCACAUUUAUGUAUUUUUAUAGAACUACCGAAUUUAUUUAUUUCUAAGAUAAAGUAAACGAGCAGACAUCAAUGCGGGUAAAUUGAACAUAACUUUGACAAGCCCAGGUCACAUUAAGAUAUGCCAUAGAUAUACAUGUGUGUGUGUGACUGUGUGUGUUCCCCCAUUCAAUUGCUGUUAUUGUGCGCGCCAGUUGCCAGCCUGUUGAACUGCAAUCUAAACGCGCCUCAAUUCAGAUAAAUGCAUGCUGAACUGCGGAACAGCAACAUGUGCUAUUGUGUUAUCUGCAGUGGGGGGGAUUAUUAGCUAAACGUGUUUGCAUUCUGUUAAUAAAUAUAUAAAUUGGCUUUUUGCUAUAUCUGAGAUAAGCUUGGCGCUUGCACCUUUAAACAAAAACAUUGUGACGUCACGAUUGAAUCGGCUAACUGGCAGCACUGUGCAAAAUGGUGCUGCCAUAUCGCCGCACUCAAACAAUCGUAUUGCACAAUAAACUGUGUUUAAUUUUGUUAAUUGAGCAUCUCAAGACGUUGGAAAGUGCGUGCUGUGUGCGCCUCGAAGUAAUUAAAACCAUUCAACGUGCUGAAUUAAUAGAAAAAAUCAUCAAUUGAAUUGAUAUGAAGCUGCUGACAAAUGUGCGCAAGCUGCUGCUGCGGUGCCGGCAGAGCCCAACGCUGCGGUCAAUGACAAGCACAACAACAACAACAACGCAGGCACAUGACGCAGCUGACGAACCGGCGCUAACCAGUGCACAGCUGGACGAGCUGGAGCAGAAUGUGCAAAUGCGACAGCACAAGAACAAUGUGCCACGCAUACGCCAGCUGGUGGAGGCACUGCGGCAGGGCGGGCAGACACAGGAUGUGAUACGCCAGCAGCUGGCGGCUGAGCUACAGGAGCUGCCGAAUUCCACGCAUCCGCGUCUGCUUGCCUACGACAAUCAGCCGUUGGAGUUGGCCAACUAUAAGCAUCGUGUGCUGCCGCAACAAGGCGCCAAGGAGUUUUCGGAGCUGGCGCGUGCAUUGAGUCUGUAUCGCAUGGAACACCUGGGCAACUACACGGGACACAAGAGCUACUACUUAACGGGUCAGCUGGCCAUGCUGGAGCAGGCCAUUAUACAGUAUGCGCUGCGGUCGCUUACCCGGCAUGGCUUUAAGCUAAUCUCUGUGCCCGACAUACUGCCCAGGGAGAUCAUCGAGAGCUGCGGCAUGCGCACCGAGGGCGAGCGCACACAGGUCUACAAACUGGACACGGGCGAAUGCCUUUCGGGCACAUCCGAAAUGGCGCUCGCCGGCUACUUUGCCAACAGGCAGCUAAUGGAAUGGGAGCUGCCAGUAAAAGUGGCCGCCGUGAGUCGUUGCUAUCGUGCCGAGACGUCGGGUCUGCACGAGGAGAAGGGCAUUUAUCGGGUGCAUCAGUUCACCAAGGUGGAAAUGUUUGCCAUUGCCACGCCCGAACAGUCUGAGCCAAUGCUCGAAGAGUUCAAGAACAUUGAAAUAGAUCUUUUCAAGCAGCUGGGCAUCAAUUUUCGACUGCUCGAUAUGCCGCCCUGUGAACUGGGCGCGCCCGCGUAUCAGAAAUAUGACAUAGAAGCCUGGCUGCCGGGCCGCCAAAUGUGGGGCGAAAUUUCCAGCUGCAGCAACUGCACAGAUUACCAGGCCAAGCGCCUAAAUGUCAAGUACAAUCGUGCCCGCGAUGCAGCGCUUGUCCAUACCCAUACCCUCAAUGGCACCGCAACGGCCAUUCCCCGCCUGCUGAUCGCUCUGGUUGAGUCGUAUCAGAGCACCGACUCCAUACAGAUACCCGAGGUGCUGGUGCCCUUUAUGAAUGGACAGCGCACGAUCACGAAGAACAAAAAGAUUCCCGAGACAAAGCUGGUCAAAUUUAUCAGAUAAAUAAGCGAUAUACUGGAGAUAAUUGGAGUAAUGUCAGAUCUGCGUGUGGCUUUCAUCUUAAUCAAGCGGAGGAACACUUGGUUAGCGGAAAACAUUGCCGGAUAGGGAAUACCUCACCGGAAUCGAGCACAAAGAAGAUAUCUUAAGAACAGACGCAAGCUGGGAAGAUGCCGCAGGGAUAAAUGCAAAGGAGGGAGCAUCUUUUUAAGGCAGAAAUCUUCGCCAUAUGCUCAUGGUAUCAGAUCGCAUGUUUCUGAAUUCCAGCGCUGCCUCUCCCUCCCCCUUACAACCCCCCACCUUGCCUGCCGAUCUUUCUGUAAUCCCAGCUGACGCUGAAAAGGUUAAGGUCAAGCUAAGUUGAUCUAUAAUUGUAUAUAUAAUUUUCCGGCUUGCGUCGGUUUCUGGGCUCUCUAUGUAUUUGAAAAAGCGUUUAUAAUUUUGUUGUGUGUUUUUUUUUAACUAAUGCCAAUCUUUGAGCAGGGCAAUAAAAUAUGCAUUGACUAUAACAAAAUGAAAAAAAAAAUCACUAUAAAGGAACUUGCUGCAGCUGAUCCCAAUGAUAAAGUAAAAAAAAAUAGCAAUAAUCUAGCUCAUUGUUAAACAAUUGCGCACUUGUUGGCUUGCUAGGUAGAGUAUAUUGAUGGGAGUUCAGGUUUUAGGAGCAGCUGACGA